UUUUGAACUUAAGUUACCUUCUACAUUGACAAAAAUAAGAAAACAGAUUGAAAUUCAUCGAGGAACGAAAAAAAGGUUGGAGAACUGUGGUGACACAUGUCCACUCAAGCUUUGCUGCUUCUUUGCCUAGUUGUUUUGUUGAAAGCAUUUUGGGGUACAUCUUCUCCAGCUCCAGAUGGUAAGAGGUUUAACAAAAUAUUUUUCCUAUUUUCCAUAUAUUAUUCAAACCCUAUAACAAGUCAAAUGCAAACGGUGAUAGCUUGCCAUCCAGUUACGUACAAGAGCAUUCCUUUAACCUGUCCUCAUUAUUAAGUAUAUUUUCAAUUAAUUUUGUCGGUGAACAUGUUUACCAUCUUUUUUUAACGACUGCACAAUUUUCAUGUGAUAUUAGUUUGAUAUCUCAUAGUAGAAAAUGAAAUUGACCCUUUCGUCUAGUGAACCCCUAUGAUCAGCAAUUGCACUUAACACAGUACGGGACAAAGCCUCCUCGGGUAAGAGCAUUUCAAUCAGAUAAGCCAAAGCAGUUUAAAUGACUAUCUUGGUUUUUGAAGACUCAUUUAGAGAUUUUGCUCCCAGGCUUAGUCAACAAUGAAAUUCUGUAGCCUUUAGCUUGAAAGGCUACACUAAGUUUACUUUAUUUCCUCUUCACCAAUUUUCCCAACAAUUAUCCAUAUUUUAUCUCAUUUAUAUUUUGUGAGCAAUGAAAAUGACCCAUUGGCUAUAUCGUGACUAUACUGACUCCUUGUCUAUGUUUUUACAUGAACAUGCUAUUAUGCCUUUCUAUUGUGAAUACAUUACCAACAAGAAAGUUUUUGUUUUCUUUUCGUCUACAGAUUAUAAUUUUUUCCUAUGUAUCAUACUUUCCUUUUAUCGUGGUUUUAUACGCUACCGAUUUGUCAGUUUGCCAAUGCCCUGGAUCGAUCGAGAUUGAUCAGGGGCACGGCAAUGUUUGGAAAAUAUCUGUUCGGAAGACGAUUUAAGAUCUAGAAUUUUCGGAACAUUUGUUCAUAAAUUUCUUGCUUGCCUAAGUAAGUAAGAGACUUUAUUUUAUGAGGGUGACACGUAACAGUAGCUAAACAUUACUAAUCAACUUGUGGCCCUCUAAAAAUAUACAAUUUAUAAAAACUACUUUAGCAAUAAAUUAUUAUUUACGAUAAAAAAUUCCUAGAAUUCGCUAAAAAUAAAAAUAAAAAACUACUUAAAACGAAGAGCAUCCAAUAUCCAUCUACUGUCAUUAACUUAGGUCAAACGAUCCCUUUGACUUCUGAGAAUUUAAAGUUAUUUUCCAUAAUUCAGCCUUAAAGGAUUUCAAAGACCUCCUUGUUUUUCGUGAUCGGGGUAGAUUGUUCCAGUCCUUUACAGUUCUUACAGCAAAGGUGCGUCCUCCUUCUGAGAUGUUCUUGUGCAGAGGGCACAAUAAGUUCACAUCACAAUUUCUCGUGUUUCUUGAGUGAACAUCGGAGUUUUUUCUCAGAGAUGCGCUUAAAUAUUUGGGUAAUUGACUACCAUUUAUCCUUUUAAAGGCCAGUUCACAACGUUUAUUAUACGCUUCGUUAUAAAAGGGGAUCAAGCUUUUGUUAAAAAAUGUUACUGUUCGACUUGUGCGUUGUGCUUCAAGAAUAAUACGUGCGGUCCGUUUCUGCAUACGGAGAACUCUCUCGAGUACCUCUUUGUUGCACGAAGUCCAUAAUGUGCUUGCAUACACCAUAAGAGAUUUAAUUACUGCGUUGAAAUAGAUUAUCCUCUGGUAGGGGCUAAUAUGGCGUAAGAGGCCGAGUCGCUUCGAAAGUUUGAUGCAGAGUUUAUCGCCAUGCACUUCGUAAGUUAGAUGUUCAUCAAUGAUCAUACCAUGAAGUUUAUGGUUUGCGAUUUGUUCAAUUACUGCGUUAUCCUGCCUCUCCUAGGAUUUUCGAACCCCCCAAAAUGGUAUAAUUGCCCAUUUUUAACGCAUUUUUACCCUAAAAAGGUCACCUUGAAUUUUGGGGAGCCUUUUUUCUGGCUGAAAUUUUUGAAAAGGUAAGUUUUGAUCCCUAUGAUCUUCGGAUCACAAGACUUUCAGCUAGGAAAUCCGAACAGGUGAAAAAUUUUUAGGGGAUAAAAAGAUGCCUAUAUUUACCGUUUAAAUACUAAAAUAGGUUGAACAAUGCUAUGCUUAAGUGGUUUUGAACUAUAUUCUCGUUGGGUGCCCCUGAUUGAUUAAUUUACUCAUUACCCCUCGUGAACUCAUUUACGCUAGACUAGUACAAAACAUUUAGGGCUAAGGACCUUACAGCAAAGCACUGGGAAAAAUACAAAACAUAAAAUAAACAGCAUUCCAAUACAUUUGAAAACUAUACAAACUAGACCAUGAUUUUUUCCUUAAUGUCAUAAGGUAAAAAUGAGGGCAGAAUACAAUGCCACUAACUUGUAAUAUAAGAGGACCCUUGUUGUUGGACAAAUGUUAUUCUUCAUUGUAAAAGAUUAAGAUCGAUCGUCUUGUGUAAGAGUGGCUUUAGUAGACUAUAGGUAAAAAGAAAGUGAAACAGUAGUUUCUGCGCUGAAUGUUAUCAAUUACUUAGCUCACUGCUGCCAAUCAGUUAAUUAUUAAUGCAAAAUCUAAUGACUUUUUUUAGAGGAUGAAGAUGAUGAAGAUGACGACGAUGAUGACGAUGAUGACGAUGACGAUGACGACGAUGAUGAUGACGACGACGAUGACGACGAUGAUGACGAUGAAGGACCAGGAAACGGAGGCAAUGAGACGGAUGAUACUGGACUUCAAACGUUUCAAAGUCUCCCAAUACUCCAAAACCUAAUGCCCUUCAGUGGAAUGACAUCUAGUGGGGAAAUUGUUACUGCCCUAGCUCUAUGUCUCAAAUGUUUAAGUGUUAUGUUAUGGUUAUUAAUAAUCGUUUAGUUU